AUGAACCCUAUCCAGAGUACCGUUGCUGCUACCCGUGCCGCCCCGGAGCGCGAACGCCCAUUUCAAUGCCCGGUACCGUCAUGCAAUGGUCGUUUUCAACGCAAGUUCACCCUGCGUGAACACAUGAAGACCCACACGGGCGAAAAGCCGUACCAGUGCUCGAUCCGAUCAUGUGCGAAGCGCUUUAGCACGUCUGGCAAUCUUGCUCGCCAUCGCCGUCUUCACCUGCUCAAGAAACUUGAGUGUCCAGUCGAGGGAUGCACGCGGAUCUUCACCAAGACGGAGAAGCUUGCUCGCCACCUUCAGAACCACCUUGGCAGCGUCGCACACGUCUGUGUCGUAGAAGGCUGUGGCAAGACCUUCAGUACUGCUGGUAAUCUGACGCGUCACUUGCGGACGCAGCACCCGCCUGGAGCUGCGGCUGCGGCUCGUGCUGCUGCCCAGCCCCAACUCCGCACCUCUCUCACUCGAUCGAACACGCUUUCCAUUUCCGACAUUUCUCCGUGGUCGACAAGCAGCACCACGACUAGUAGUGCUGCUGAGCAGAACAUCAGUGUCCCUCAGGCUGUGAAUGUGUCAGACCACGAGAUCCUCGAUGUACUUCAGUGUCUCUUUGUCGAUGACAACCCCGUAUCAUUUUCAGUGCAUUCGGAGCAACCCCCGGAGCAGUACCGCCUUCAGAGCGACCAGCCCGUGCUGCUUUACCUAUAA